AAUGCGCAUAGUAUCCGCACGGUGCCAGACAGACACCUUUACUAGGAGCGAGAUCCUUCUUCGUUGCAGCGUGCGGUGCACCUGCUCGUGUGACUCGACAACUGCAGAGGCUUUCACCCGGGGACCUGAUGAUGAGCUUUUUGAGUUCGAUCUGCAAUCAAAGCCAACUUGGGGCAAAAGUAUUUAAUACAUGAAGGGUAGAGCGAGGAUCUGCCAUCGAAUCGUUGACGUUUAGCACUUCCUUUGUCGGCUAGCCUGAGAUUGCCUGCCGUGUUCAUUCCGAUGCUGCGCAUUCCGGCACUUCAGGGCUUCCGUCGAACUUCAUCAGGAGGCGCGAGCAUCUUGCUUUGCCAGGCGUCCCAGCCGCACAUCUAUCGAUCCCCAGCAUCAUCAGAGACAUCCAACUUCAGUGCCCUCCACUCCUUGACCAUGUCCGCAUCCUCCUUCCCUGCGGCAGGAAAGGAGCGCCAGGAGAUCAAGAUCCAUCAGGUUGCGCGCUCGGGCUUUGACACAAGCGGCGCUUCGGGCCUGUACGACCGUGCGAGGCCAUCAUAUCCAGAUGAGGUGAUUGACAAGAUUCUCGCGGCACCUGGGAGAGAAAGCCUGAAAGUCAUCGAGCUCGGCCCGGGCACUGGCAUCUCCACGGGGGCACUAUUAGGGCGUGCUGCCGCUUCACAGGUUGAAAAUCAGACGCCUGCGUUCAAAAUUGAGCAAUAUCAAGGCUUCGAGCCGUCUGAUGGCAUGCGAGCGCACUUCCAAAAGUCUGUGCUCGACAACCUGGUACCGCGCCUGCGCGAGCUGACGCAGCAGCAGCAACUGCACGGCGGUGUGACCAUCGCCGACGGUGCGUUCGAUGCGUUCGCGCACAGGGCCGGCACGAACGCCAACGACCUGGUGCUCAUCGCACAAGCGUGGCAUUGGUGCCUGGACUUUGACGCGGCGCUGCGCGAGAUUGCGAGCACCCUGCGCACGGGUGGCGUGCUGGCGCUGCUCUGGAACAUCGAGGAUCGCGACGCGGCUAGAUGGGUCGCUAGGGCCAGGGACUGCUUUGAAGCGUACGAGGGUGGGGCGCCGCAGUACCGCCAAAUGAAAUGGAAGGCGAUGUACGACGUUCCAGCUUAUAGUGAGCUCUUCGAGCCUCUUCCAGAGAUCCACGUCACACGUGUCAUCCCGACCACGAUGGAGGGCGUGCAUGAGCGCGUGUUGAGCAAGAGCUACAUCACGCUGCUCCCGCCCGAAGUUCAGGCAGAUGUCAAGCGCGGGCUCGAUGCCAUUUUCGACGCUGAGGACGAGGCGCUCGGAAGGCGGUGGAUCGACAAGGAGAAGGGCAUUUUUGAAUAUCCAUAUCGAACAAGCCUGUACAUGUUUGUGAAGAAAUAAAACAUAGAAGAAUGCCUGGAAUUCAUACAAGUAC